CAACAUGCUAACGACGAGGGUGGAGAUGGAACUGGGUACGGUGUUUGCCUGUCUGCUCGCAUUAUAAACCAGCAGCUCUCUCCUGGAUCGAAGUGUGCACUUCCCCGCAGAUCGGUCACCAUCUUGUCUCUCCGUCAAACACGAAUUGCAUGAUAAAGGAUAAAAAAGCUUCGGCUUUCGCUUUGACCAUUCUCUUCUUUCCAUGCCCUUUAUGCACACCCACCAUACAAAUUGAACUUUCUAUUUAUUUAUUUGUUUUUUUUUUUGUUGUUGCAAUUUUUUCUGUUUUUCCAGACCUCCUCUCCCUUUCCCAUCCCCCACUUCGCCCUCUCUCUCUCUCUGUUUCAUGGUGUGAUGUGGACUGCAGUGUGAGAGCUGGAACCCUUGCUCGGUGCCUGUCUAGCGAUCUCAAGGUCUGAACUUGUCGCAAGAUCCCAAAUUGAGCAGAUCUACUCAUGAUGGAGGAGGCAUUUUAUGAUCAUUACUGAAGAAUAAGCUCUUUAUUGCCACAUUGCCUAGUUAGAUAAUAAGUAUCACACAGAUAUUGAUGGCUUCAAAGACUAUAUCACAGGCUAACGCCAAGUCCCAAACUGAAGUUCCUGGGAGUACCAAAGUAGAGCCAAAUUCUUCUAAAUCUUCCCAGAUUCUGAAGCCAAGCAAAUUGGAUUGCAGUACUGUCAAAAAAGUGGUAGAGAUAAAUCAGAAUGUGUCAAAAUUUGCUGUCAAUGGCCUAAAGAAAGAUAAUAAAUCAGAUCACCAUCAGAAGGAAUCUUUUGACAAUUCAACAGAUAAAGUUCCUACAGAGGUAACCAUACCCUCAGAAACUUCUGUUAAGAUCCCUUCAGAGAGUCAGAAGGAGUCAUCAGAGCAAGUAGAUUCUGCGGAAAAUAGAGCCACUGCUGGGAAUGGUAAUGGAGAUCAAGCAAAGAAAUCCGAACAGAAUGGGAAUGAAAGUUUUGUAUCUGCUAAAUUUAGUGAUGAAACCAGCAGUGCCACAGCUGAUUUUGUUGAGAGUGGAAAGAGUAGCAUGUGCAGACCUAGUACAAACAGUGACGUGAGUGAUGAAAGCUCCUGCAGCAGUUUGGGUAGCAGCAUAACUAAACCUCAUAAAUCAAAUGAUUCAAGAGCUGAAGCCAUUCGAAAGAUUCGCACAAAAGAUGGGGUUUUAGGCUUGAGCCAUUUUAGGCUGUUGAAGAAGUUAGGUUGUGGUGAUAUAGGUAGUGUGUAUCUAUCAGAAUUAAGUGGGACAAAAAGCUACUUUGCAAUGAAGGUUAUGGAUAAGGGAUUGCUGGCUAGUCGGAAAAAGCUUCUUAGAGCUCAGACAGAGAGGGAGAUAUUACAGUGUCUGGACCAUCCAUUUCUUCCAACACUUUAUACCCACUUUGAAACAGAUAAAUUCUCAUGUUUGGUAAUGGAAUUCUGCCCUGGAGGAGAUUUGCACACCCUUCGUCAAAGGCAACCUGGGAAACAUUUCUCCGAACAAGCUGUGAAGUUUUAUGUUGCUGAGAUCCUUCUGGCAUUGGAAUACCUGCACAUGCUUGGAAUUAUAUAUCGCGACCUCAAGCCAGAAAAUGUCCUUGUUCGCGAGGAUGGCCACAUUAUGCUUUCUGACUUUGACCUCUCUCUCCGUUGUGCAGUAAACCCAACACUGAUCAAGUCCUCCAACCCAGAUCCUGAAUCAGCUAGAAGGAACAACACGGCUUACUGUAUCCAGCCUGCUUGUAUCGAACCAUCCUGUAUUCAGCCCUCUUGUGUGGCACCUACAACUUGCUUUGGCCCACGGUUUUUCUCUAAAUCCAAAUCCAAAGAGAGGAAAGCAAAAUCAGAGAUAGGGAACCAGGUGAACCCGUUGCCCGAGCUCAUAGCAGAGCCUACGGAUGCCCGUUCCAUGUCUUUUGUAGGUACCCAUGAGUACUUGGCACCAGAGAUCAUAAAGGGUGAGGGCCAUGGGAGUGCGGUUGAUUGGUGGACGUUUGGCAUCUUCAUGUAUGAACUAUUGUUUGGGAAAACACCAUUCAAGGGAUCUGGUAACCGAGCAACAUUGUUCAAUGUUGUUGGGCAACCGCUGCGCUUCCCAGAGUCACCAACAGUCAGCUUCGCCGCUAGAGAUUUGAUAAGGGGUCUUCUUGUGAAGGAACCUCAACACCGACUUGGAUACAAACGCGGGGCUUCAGAGAUAAAGCUACACCCCUUCUUCGAGGGAGUCAACUGGGCACUGAUACGCUGUGCAAGUCCUCCUGAGAUCCCAAAAUCCUUCGAUACAGAACGACUCACAAAGCCUGCUGUAUCAGCCAGAGAAAAAGCCACAUCAACUGUGAACCAGAAAGGUUCAGACAACUAUCUAGAAUUUGAUUUCUUUUAGUCAUUCUCCUCUCGAUCAACCUGUUGAAGUUGUAGAAUUUGUGGAGUUGUAUGAGGAUUGCAGUUUUGUUUCACCCUCUAGAAUCCCUGUGAAUCUAUAUCGGUAAAUCUCCUGAUGGAAAUGCAAUAUCAACUCCAAACAUGUAUUCCUCAAGGCUUACCACAGCAUCCCUUGUUUGGCAAUGUACUAUCAACUCCAAAUAUGUGUUCCUCAAGGAUUAUCCAAUAUGUUAUCUUUGUUCUUCAUCAAUGUUAGAUCUUGUUCUUGUUUAA